AUGCCGAUCAGCAAAGGCGUGGUGGUAGUGGUCGAUCCGGCCACCACCGGCGGUGCGUUGGCGGUUGAGGUCUCCAAGAGGGGCUACGAGGUCAUCGCUCUCUGGACGGAUGAAUGCGCGGGGAUGGAAGACCAUGUCAACCAGGAGACGGCAGCGUGGAAGGAGUCCAAAGGCUACUUCUGCGAGCUCAAGGAGCGGCCGACGAUCGAAGACACGGCGGCGUACGUGGUCAAGCUCUCGGGCGGCAAGCCGCCGCUCGCGAUCAUGUGCGGCGCCGAGAGCGGCGUCAAGGUGUGUGACAAGUUGACCGAAUUCCUGAAGAUGCGCGGCAACACCACUGCAAACGGCAUGGAGAACCGGCGGGACAAGAUGGUGCAACAGAAUGCUGUCAAGAAGACUGGAGUGCGCGCCGUCCGCGGUCUCGACGGCAAGGUCUGGGAGGGCGAGAUAGAGGAGUUUGUUGACUCCGAGCCGUUUCCAAUUGUCGUGAAGCCGGUGGAAUCCGCGGGAUCCGAGGGCGUCAAGCUAGUGCGAACCAAAGAGGAGGCACAGGCGCACUUUCACUUGCUCAUGAACUCGCAGCGCAUGAUUGGAGCCUCCGAUGCCGCGGUGUGCAUCCAGGAGUUUCUCAAGGGGACCGAGUACGUGGUUGACCAGGUGUCAAAGGACGGAUACCACAAGACGAUGAUGGUCUGGCAGUAUGACAAGCGGCCGCGCAACGGCUCGCAGUUUGUCUACUUUGGAAUGGUGCCGGUCAACCCCCAGUCCAAGACAGCACAGUGGCUGAUCCAAUACACCCGCUGCGCACUGGACGCGAUCCACUUCAAGAAUGGGCCGAGCCACAGCGAAAUCAUGAUGACUGCGCAAGGCCCGUGCUUGGUCGAGAUCAAUUGCCGGUGCCAUGGCGGCAAUGGCGCAUGGAUGCCGCUGGCCUCAGCUCUCACCGGGGGCUACAACCAGGUCACCGCAAGCAUCGACUGCUACCUCGACGACGCGGCUUGGAACGAGCUCCCUUCGGCGCCCGCCUAUCCCUUCAAGGGCAGCGGCUGCAACAUAAUGUUCGUCUCCUACGUUGACGGCAAGGUGGUCUCGUGCCCGGGCUACGAGGAGAUCAAGAACUUUAAGUCGUACGUCCACGUCGACGAGGACAUUUCGCCGGGCGACUCAAUCAGCAAGACGAUCGACCUCUUCACCUCGACCGGCCAGUGCAUCCUCAGCCAUCCGGACCCGGCAGUGGUCGAGGCGGACGUGAAGCGAAUUCGCCACCUUGAGAACUCCAACAAGAUGUUUAUAGUCGAGGGCGUCACCGCGGACGAACGGGCUUCGAUCGCCUCAGAAAGGACCUCUACCGUGCGCCCGUCGAUGGUCGACCGCAUGCAAGAGCAGCACGCCACGGCCGAGCUCAUGGCAGCGCAGAUCGAGUACGACGCCAAGGUGGCGGAGGAGAAGAAGAAGUCGACCGUGCUCGCAGCAGGAGCUGCCGCCGCUGUUGGGACACUGGGCGCGGCACUCUUGAUGGUGAAGAAGUAA